AUGCCUGUGCCACGCAAAGAUAUAAUCAAGGCGUUGGUUCAGAAGUACACCAACAUGAGCCCAACACCAGGCUUAUCUACAUCGUGGCGCGCCGACUUUAUUGAAAACAAGGGAGAGGGUCAUAUCUUCUUGCUACAUGGCGGUCCCGGUGUUGGGAAGACAUAUACCGCCGAAUGUAUCGCGGAGUAUACGUACUGUCCUCUACUAUCUCUCACCUGUGGAGACAUUGGCACAGACGACGUCAAGAUGGAACAGCAGCUCUCCAAGUGGUUCAGACUGGCCGAAAAAUGGGGGGCUGUCAUGUUGAUUGACGAGGCUGAUAUCUACCUGGAACGGCGCGUUGUUAGUGACCUUCGGCGCAACAGCCUUGUAUUUGUGUUUCUUCGUUCAUUCCAAACUGCCGUCGCUCUGGCAGAAUUCCGAUUCCUGCAAAAGACUGACAAGAAGGAGCAUGAUGGCCCAACUUUGGAUCAGAAGGACUUUGAGCAAGUUUGCCAAAUGAGAAGGCAGUUCAAAGAGUAUCUUCAUGAUCUCCAUGGCCUUGAUGAGGAGGGAAGGGCUUACAACGCUAGAGCGAGGGCAGGAAAUCAUGACUUGGGAAGGGACAUGAGCAACUAA